UCUCCACCCCCCCCACCCCGUGACCUCAGAGGUACACUUCCGGAACACGGAAGUGACCCGUUUGCCCGCCCCUUCCGCUCUCUCUUUCCGGUGUAGGAGUCUGGAGACGACGUUCAGAAAUGGCACCUCGCAAGGGGAAGGAAAAGAAGGAAGAACAGGUCAUCAGCCUUGGGCCUCAGGUGGCUGAAGGAGAGAAUGUAUUUGGUGUCUGCCACAUCUUUGCAUCCUUCAAUGAUACCUUUGUCCACGUUACCGAUCUUUCUGGCAAGGAAACCAUCUGCCGAGUGACUGGCGGGAUGAAGGUAAAGGCUGACCGAGACGAGUCCUCUCCGUAUGCAGCCAUGUUGGCUGCCCAGGAUGUGGCCCAGAGGUGCAAGGAACUGGGCAUCACUGCCCUGCAUAUCAAACUCCGGGCCACAGGAGGAAACAGGACCAAGACCCCUGGACCUGGGGCCCAGUCGGCCCUCAGAGCUCUUGCCCGCUCUGGGAUGAAGAUUGGGCGGAUUGAGGAUGUCACCCCCAUUCCCUCUGACAGCACUCGAAGGAAGGGGGGUCGUCGUGGUCGUCGUCUGUGAACGGGACUUCUCAAAUUAUUUUCUGUUAAUAAAUUGCUUUGUGUAAGCUA